AUGAACAUCUAUAUUCUACUUCACCUGGGGUUAAUGGCGUCCAGAAUGGGGAUUGCGAUUAAGUCUGUGCUGAGUGGAAAGUAUCUCAAUCUAAGAAGCUUAAAGCUAGAGCCUGUUGACAAGAGAAGGAAGGAAGAUUAUAUUUUCCGAUAUGAUUGGGACAGAGAUGUACCCUAUGGAUUCAGGCUUUAUACUAGAGAAGGAUAUCUGACUGUUGACAAAAGAUAUAGAAAGAUGGUAUUUGAUAAAGGUCAUGGAAGAACAAGAAGAGGGUCUCCAUCUAGAUUUGAGUUCCAUUUUGUAACACCAACAAAGUGUAAAAGCAUUAUAAUAGGACAUGACAGCGGGCUGUGCAUGGUGGAUGCAGGAGACGAGGUGAGGUUUACGGAAUGUAUGCCUCCUGGAAAAGAGCUUCCCGAAUUCCGCUUUGAAAUCAAGGUCUUUAAGGAUCGGUGUGGAUAUCUUGAGAAGAGUAAGAAGGUUAGGGCUGAAGGUGAAGAUAAAAGCAGCCACCCUGAGGAUGAUACUAAGGGAAAAGAUGAAGGAGGAGGCCCAAAAAUGAAUCAAGAUGAAGAGAAGAUAUCUUCGGAAACUACUGAUUACUCCGAGCCUGGAUGCCAUCAAAAUGUAGAGAAAGAAGAUAAAAAGGAAGACGAGGAAAAAGAGGACAAGGAAAAAGAGGACAAGGAAAAAGAAGAAAAGAAAAAGAAGUCUCAUGCAAAAGGUAAUGACGAUGAGUCUCUUGAAGACAUCAUAGAAAAGGUUAGAUUCAAGAGGCCAAGAAUCAAAAAGAAGAUGAAGCGUCUUGGCUCUUCACUCAAGAGAAAGCUUGCAAAGGCGAUUCUAAAGGUUGAUAAGAAGCGAGACUCGGGGGAUUCCGACACAUAA